AUGGAGCAAAAACCAAAUAAUUCUGCUUCGAAAUUUUUGAAACUUUUUGAGAAAGCAAAAGCUAACAUUUCCGCUUUUUGCUUCUUCGCCACAACCUCCAGCAAUAGCAGUUCUGAAUUACCUUCCUAUGUAAAACGAAGAUUAGAAUUAGGAGGAAUGAGGGUCCUUAUCUUAGGAUGUGGAACGGGAACCUGGUUAUUGGAAAUGGCUGAGAAAUAUCACGAAUCAACCUUCUUCAGGUUAGAUGAUUCAUCAGACUUUCCCGGUGGUGAAUCAUCACAUCUACAAAACGCGGGGGUUAAGAGAUGUGAUUUUCUAUGUGGAAUCCCGUUCCACAACUCGACCUUUGAUCUGGUCCUCGAUUUCGUGGAUAGAUCCAUGCUUUCGGGUUUUCAAAAUGAACAUCUUUUUUCUGAGGUUGUUCGUGUUUUGAAACCUGAUGGUUUCUUGGAAAAAAUGGAGGAUAAGUAA